AUAUUUGUUAGUAUAAUGAAAUAAUUUCUUACAACCCUGAAUAAUGUACUUUUUUUUGUCCAGACAUGAUACAGGAUCAGUGAGUGAACUGACCAUGAAUGAAGAUUUUGCUGAAAACAGGAAUAUUUCUAUUCCAUCUUAUUUCUAUAUCAGAGGUUUUUCUGGGAUACCUCACAUAAGAUACUAUUACAUAUUCCUGUUUUUAGUCUACAUCAUUACUGUGCUUGGAAACUCCUGCCUCAUGUUUGUUAUCAUUACAGACCGAAGUCUUCACACUCCUAAAUAUAUCGGUGUCUUUAAUUUAUCACUGACAGACAUUUUUGAGAGUACAGCUGUAAUCCCUCAGAUACUGAGCACGUUUUUGUUUGGGAAUCAGUUGAUCUCGUAUGGAUUGUGUUUGUGCAAUAUGUUCACCGUCUUUGUAUCUCUGACAACACAGUCACUAAAUCUUGCUGUUCUGUCUUUUGACAGAUUCGUAGCCAUUUGUUUACCACUGAGGUAUCAUACGAUUGUGACUCAUAGAUCAAUGCUUAUUAUAAGUGGGGUCACAUGGUUAGUGGCAGUGCUUAUGAUGGCUGCAGCUACAAUUUUCAUCAGUAGACUUUCUUUCUGCAGAGUUAUUGUCAUCAUAAACAGUUUCUACUGUGAUCAUGGGCCAAUAUAUCGCUCUGCCUGUAGCAAUAAAUUCCCAAGUUCUGUGAUAGGUGAUAUGUACCCGAUAAUGAUUCUCGGGUUUCCAGCAUUUUUUAUCAUCUUUUCAUAUACAUGUAUAGCUGUACAAUUGUUUCGAAUUACAACCCCACAAGACCGUCAAAGAGCCACAAAGACAUGUACUGCGCAUUUAAUAUUAGUAGCUAUAUUCUAUGUACCUAUCGCAUUUACAUAUGCAUUUUGGUUCUUUAUAGACACUAACACAAGGAUCAUUAAUCUCUCUCUGACUUCUGCACUUCCUCCAUUGCUUAACCCUAUAAUCUACACAAUGAAGACGGAGGAGUUCAUGAUGUCUGUGAAGAGGCUUCUUAAACGGAGAAUCAUAUUUCCAAAAUAA